AUGGCAUUCUUGCAAAAAAUAGGAGCAGAAAAGGUAAAAUACGAGUUAAAUGUAAACAUCCAUUAUGUGAAUGCCAAACUAACUAAUAAGGAAAAGCUAAAAGUUCUUGCUAAAAGAGGACGAGGGCUUGAAGAAACACAACCAAUGCAAUAUGAUUCUAUCCGUUCUAAUGUAAUUUUUGAGUAUCCCUUAUCAUUUGAGAUCACAAUGCACAAGAAAAGCGAAAAAUAUGUUAGGAAAAUUAUUAGCUUUAAACUUAUAUGGGUUUAUCACUAUUUUAGAUCGCUAUAGGCCAUUUAUUUGUAAGAAAAAUGUAUAAACUCCUUGAUUUCAUCGAAGAAAGUUAUAUAUGAAUCUUAACUUACUUGGGUAAUCGAGAAAUCCCCAGCCCGAAGAUUAUUGCACUUCUCGCCAGUCCGCACACAGCUUUAAAUUUGUUGCUUUUUCUGGACUGGGGAUUGGCCACCGCGCAUCGAUUGGUUAUAAACUCCUCUAUCACAAACUGAGCUUCCGUUUUACAUAUCCAAGUUCUAUCUCCCCAUGGGGAAAAGUCCAACCUGGAUAUAAGCUCUGGCCGGCCCAGUGUUAUAGCUAAGCCGAAGCCAGGCUUGAUACACAUUCAUGGACUCCUUUUCCCUUUCACCAGGUUUCAGCCCUAUUUCGGGGCAUCAGCUACAAGUUUUAAGAGGAUAUGCCUUCUCACUACAUCAUCAUUAUAAUUUGUUAUCUUUAUAAGCCAAAAUAAGCCCUUUGCUUUUCUAAAUAUUUGAAGGCCAAAUCCAUUUGAAAGAAAAAUUGAAUGCUAAUAAGAUCCAAAUGAAGUUUUCAUCUAUAGAGCUCCAAGGAGAAAAAUCUAUUACUAUCGGAAAAGCUGAGUAUGAUUUUUCUGAUCUUGCAAAUAAUUUCGGAAUUAACGCAGAAAAACUAGAGCUCCCAUUAAAAGGCUGCUCAGACAAAUCUGCUAUGAUAUGUGUAAGUAUGAGCCUUGACCACAUCAAUAAAAUAAGGUCUCAUACAGCAGCUACUCUACAUAUUGAUAAUAAGUUCCAAGAAAGUGACGUUUCUCUUCAAAAAGUCCACAAUGAGCCACAAUUUUUACCAAAAAUUCAGCCUAAGAGAGUUAUCGUAUGCAAAGGCUCAGGAGAUGAAGAAGACACCUAUGAUAUUCUCAGCCAAUCAACAAUAAUCACAAGCACCAAAGAUUUUGAUUUACUUAUUGAUGAAGCUCCAGGUAUAAACGACAACAAAGUCAAGGAUAAAAAAUUUAUUUCCAAGGAUACAAGUGAUAUAAAAAACCAGAGAAAUCGAAGUGGGACUGUCCCUUACCAAGUAGAAACUAAUUUCCAGCAAAAAUCUGUGCAAAAUAAUGAGCAGCACAAACAAUUAUCUGUUGAAGUAUAUACUUCUAGGCCAAAAUCAAAUACUAUUGCAGAUCCGACCUCACCUGUAGAUUCAACGUCAAAAGGAGACAAACUAAAAUGACUGGCUGAUUUUGAUGCAGCUCAAAAAAAGUUUGUGGAUCCUAUCUUUCCUAUAUAUGAUAAAAUUAAAAAAAAUAGUAUGGAAUAUAAAUAUUUGUAAUUGUAAUAUGAAGGGGUAAGGAUUCUAAUAUUGAUUCUGAAGAAUCAAGCUCUGAUGAAGAUUUACUUGAUGUAAGCUCUGAAGUUCAGACGACUCCGCCGAGAUCAUUUAUGAAAGAAAUUAAACCAAAUAUGAAAAGUCAUGAAAAAGAAAUUGAAAAUAGAGAAACCAAUGCAGGCUUGUCUGGACCAGGACAAGGUUCGACUUGUGCAGCUUGCAAGGGGUGCAUUUUACUUUAG